AAUUCUUGAAAUUCAAAAAAAUCAAAACUUUUCAGUACUCUCCCCCCAAAGCCUUCAACCCGCCCCUGAAACUUGGGAAAAACGCAGAUCAACAAAAUUAAAACAAAAUCAAAGUCUCUUUUGCGUUUUCAAUCAAGUUUUUAAUACCUGCCCCGCUCUCUCAAAAAAUUUCAAAACUUUCAUUUAUGGCGCUAUCUAUCGUAUAUACAUACACCCUUAACUCAUUUGCAUCCACCACUCUCACAGACAAUUCAUCCUCGCACACCUUGCUCUCUCUCUCUGGGUUUCUUGGAAUCUGCAUUCGUUGUGGUAUUAUACAAUGGCGGACCAAGAGAACUGCACGAGGGUGACUCGCUUGGCGACUAAGAAGAGAGCAGCGACUGAGCCAGAUGCAAUGGCUUCUCAGAAACAGCAAAACAAGAAGAAGAGAGUGGUUUUGGGCGAGAUUCAGAAUUUUGUAGCGCCAUUGGAGGCGAGUAACAAAAAUAGCAAGCAGAAUCUUGAGAACCAAAAGCAGAAAAAGAAGCCCAAUAGGAAGGUUAAGAAGCCGGAGGAGGUAACGGAUGUCAGCGUGGCGGAGGAUAGGGAGAAGAAGAGUGUGAAGGGUGAAGAUGAGGCUGGAAUUGAUGUCAACGUCAAACCUGAUGACCCACAAAUGUGUGCAGCCUAUGUUUCUGGGAUAUACGAAUACCUUCAUAAAAUGGAGAUGGAAGCUAAGAGAAGGCCAAUGGCAGAUUACUUAGAAAAGGUUCAGAAGGAUGUGACUGCAAACAUGAGAGGGAUUUUGGUGGAUUGGUUAGUCGAAGUUGCUGAGGAAUACAAGCUUCUUUCAGAUACACUUUACUUAACAGUGUCGUACGUCGAUAGAUUCUUGUCAUUGAAUGCUAUAAACCGACAAAGGCUCCAGCUUCUUGGAGUCACUUCGAUGCUCAUUGCCUCGAAAUAUGAGGAGAUUAGUCCCCCACAUUUGGAAGAUUUUGUUUACAUUACGGAUAACACAUAUACAAAGGAAGAGAUGGUGAAGAUGGAGUCCGAUGUACUAAAUUCAUUAAAGUUUGAAGUGGGCAAUCCUACCGUCAAAACAUUUCUCAGGAGGUUCACCAGGAUUGCUCAAGAAGAUCACAUGAAUCCCGAUUUGCAAUUGGAGUUCUUGGGAUAUUAUCUAGCAGAAUUAAGUUUGUUGGAUUAUGGAUGUUUGAAAUUCUUGCCCUCUUUGGUGGCUGCUUCAGUUGUGUUCCUAGCAAGAUUUACACUUCAGCCUAAUUUACAUCCUUGGAGUUUGGUACUUCAAUGUCAAUCUGGAUAUAAAGCAGCCGAUCUUAAAGAAUGUGUAGGUAUCCUACAUGACUUGCAACUGAGUAGAAAAGGAAGUUCUUUAGUAGCAGUGAGGGAAAAGUACAAUCAGCACAAGUUUAAAUGUGUAUCCGCAUUAUCUUUGCCAGCAGAAGUGCCGGAAUCAUUUUUUGAAGAUAUUAAGGAAGACUGAUAGAUACCUUAAAGAAUGGAAGAUUGGUUGUACAUGAAGCUUUUGAGUAUCAAAACUUGUUCUACUGAGGAAUGCUGUUUGGGAAGGGAUUGUUUGCUGAACAGAUUAUCGUGCCUGCUUUGCUGGAUCUAACAGUUUGGAUGUGCAUUUGACGGAAAUUAAAGGCACCACUCUGUUGACAUACUUAUCGCCGAACUUUUUUAAGAUUGUUGCUUCGUAGAAAGCUUCUUACUGUAGAAAUGUAGGUCAACAGUUUGAUAUCAGCAAUUCCAAUCAUGUAAACCAAUAUUCUUGUGACUGAGGCUUGCUGAAACGACUCAUACUUUCUCUUUACUUUAUGUAACUGUGUUGUCUGGCUCGAAUCCGAUAUACAGACUGACUCGAGGUAGUAGUAUCCAAGCUUUGCAUCGAGUAUAAGACAACAUACAAUGUAUGUUGGAGAAAUUGGGUCAUGGCUGUUUUGUGGUAUCUGAUGCUUGAUGGUUUCUUUGCAAGAAACAAUGGCUGGACAUUAUAUCAUAUUUGGUUAGGUUUACCAUUUCUAUUGACAUACUGCAAAUUUUUUAACAAUUGUUUUUUAAGACUUGGGAGAACUCUU